AUGACUGAAACUUGGUUGGAUGGCUCAAUUGGUGACCUGGAGCUGCAGCUGAGGGACUAUAAUAUCUACAGAAAUGAUCGUUCUUCUUUAACCAGCGAUAGGGAAAGGGGUGGUGGCUGUCUGGUUGCUGUUCGGAAAAGUUUAUCUGUCCAGUGCGUGACGCGGGUGCAAGUGUCCGUGGAAGAUUUAUUGGUGGUUGUGACGAUCGGUUGCCAGAGGUUCUUGUUCGUGACGGCCUAUAUACCCCCUCGAAUGCAUGUGUCUUACUAUGAGAAUCACUGUGCGAACAUCGAGGCUGCAGUGGAGGAGUUUGAACCGGACGGAGUAUUCAUUGUUGGUGACUACAAUCUACCAUAUAGUGUGUGGUCUAGCGGCCAGUCGGGUUUGUCUGUUGAGUCGGUAAAAUCGUUAUCCGACGUUGAGAGAUUGAGAUCGGACCUAAAGGCAGUUGAGGAUUGGUGUGCUGCCAAUUGUCUGGCUAUCAACGUUGAUAAAUGUAAGUUCAUGACGAUAUCCCGUCUGGAGCGCCCCAUCAUGGUCGAUUAUUGCAUAGGUGGUAAGAAUAUAGAUAGAGUGUUUGUUUUCAAGGAUCUGGGUGUUUCAUAUGAUAGCACAUUGUCUUUUAGGGCACAUAUUCAGGCCAUUUCUGCGUCAUCUCUCAGGACUUUGGGAUUCGUUAUUAGAAAUGCUAGGGACUUCAACGUCGAGACUCUGCAACAUCUUUAUAUAUCUUUAGUUAGACCUAUGUUGGAGUUCUCAUCUGUCGUGUGGUCUCCAUACUUAUCGAUCGAUGUUUCUUUGCUGGAGAGGGUUCAGAACAGGUUUCUCAGGUGUGCUGCUGUUAGAAUGGGUACUUUCUCGAUCUAUACUUUCUCAGCUAGUCGAAUGCGCGACCGUCUUGGUCUGUCCUCUUUGAGAACGAGGAGGUUUCAUGCGGAUGUGAUAUUAAUUGCUAAGCUCUUUCAAGGUCUUUUGUACUCCCCUGACUUGUUAUCGCAAUUCAGUCUGUAUGUUCCUCCUAGACCCAUCCGAAGGUUUGAUUUGUUUCGACUUGCACAGUCGAGGACUAAUUAUUGUUUAAAUUCUCCGGUUUCGAGGAUGAUGAGAAACGCUAAUGUCGUGGACUCCUUAGGAGUUGAUAUAUUUCAUGAUUCCAUUUCGAGGUUGAGAAGAGAUUUGAAGUACCUGAUAAGACUGUGA